AUGGGCUUCUUCGUAUGGGGCUGCAUCACUGACUUCUUCACCUACGAGACCACCAAGUCUGUGGUGGUCAAGAGCUGGUGUGUUGGCAUCAUCAACCGGCUCGUACAGCUGCUCAUCAUCUCAUAUUUUGUGGGCUGGGUCUUCAUCCACGAGAAAGCUUAUCAGGUGACUGACACUGGCAUCGAGUCUUCUUUGAUGACCAAAGUGAAAGGCUUCGGUUACCAUCAGGACCAGGUGAUGGAUGUGGCUGACUAUGUCUUGCCCCCACAGGGUGCAGGUGUGUUCUGCAUCAUGACCAAACUCAUCAUCACCGAAAAUCAGGUCCGAGGAAGAUGUGCAGAGAAAUUUAAUUGUAGUACAGAUGAAGACUGUCACAAGGAGUUUGGCUCCGUCCGUUACAAUGGCAUAAUAACAGGUGUUUGCCUUAAACCCUCCAAUGACUCAAUGGGUCAGUGCGAGAUUGAAGGAUGGUGUCCAGCAGAGGACGACUCUGUCGAGAGCACACCGAUGCUGGAUGUGAACAACUUCACCAUCUUCAUCAAGAACAGUAUUCGCUUUCCACUCUUCAAUGUCACCCGAGGGAACUUUCCCACCACAAUGACGUCCGCACAGAUCAAGAAAUGUAUGUACCAUCCGGAUACGAACCCUUUCUGCCCCAUCUUUCGUGUGGGAGACGUGCUGCACUACACUGGACAGAACGUUUCUGCCCUGGCAAGAAAGGGUGGAGAAAUAGGAAUAAACAUUCAGUGGAAGUGUAACCUGGACCUGAACAUUGAAUACUGUGUACCAAAGUACUCUUUUACACGACUGGACACACCAUUUGCCAAGAAUGGCGUCUCCAGUGGCUACAACUUCAGAUUUGCCAAAUAUUUCAAGACAGAGAACGGGACUGAUUUUCGGACACUUCACAAAGCAUUUGCUAUCCGCUUUGAUGUUAUGGUCACUGGCAGUGCAGGGAAGUUUGACACAAUCCCAACACUGAUCAACUUGGUAGCUGCCUUCACCUCUGUUGGACUGGGUACAGUUCUCUGUGACAUUAUCUUACUGAACUUCUUGAAAGGGGCAGAUCAGUACAAAGCCAAGAAGUUUGAAGAGGUGUCGGAGGCUCAGAUAGAAGCAUCAGUGGCUCAGAGCCCUGGCAGCCAGCUGUCACUCAAGCCAGGUAUCAAGAGCUCCUGUGACUCUGGAGCUCUUUCCCUCGGUACCGCUGACCAAGUCAUCUGACUGACAAUAAUCUGAAGAAAUGGACAUUCCUGUUUUUCUUUUUCCCUUAUUGCCUCGCCUGUCGUCUUCACAAUUUCGCAACUACAAGCAGGAGUCAGAAGAAAAGAACUACAGCCUUGCAGCUCAUGACAAUAGCUGGCACACUGUAGCCUCCUGAUUAGCAACAAUCAAGUUCCCCUGAGAAGGAUUUAAGAUGAAAUUCAAUGAAUGGUCCACUCUUAGUAUAACUACAACUACAGUCAUUCAACGGAGGGAGGGAAACAACCAGUAGUAAAAAUGUUAUUUUAUUGUAAGCAGUUUCAUUUUACAAGACAUUUUACAACUUCUUAACUAUAACUGCAACCUCCAGUUUGUCUGGCAAAAUAUUAAAGCUCAAUAAAUGCUCUUCUCAUGUUCAGUUAGCUUUGCUCA